UGAUGCCUGCCAGACUAUAAAAUGGGGGGUCGGCCCCCAGCCACCCAUAGCACCUGCCCGCUCGCCUGGCCUCCAGCAGGAAGUAGCAAGUCCCCAGACUUUUGCAGGUGGGAGCCAUGUCUCAGGCUGCAAAGGCCUCGGCCUCGGCCACAGCGGCGGCGAACCCAGGGUCUGAUGCCAAGGGGAAGGGGGGCCCCCCCACAGGAGCACCCCCCGGCCCCGGAGCUGCCCUGCCCCCUGCAUCCGUGCCUGUUCCCAGUGCCAAAGCAGCGGACCUGCCUUCCGGGAGCUACAGGCUGGUGGUCUUCGAACAGGAAAACUUCCAGGGCCGUCGGAUGGAAUUCUCGGGGGAGUGCGCGAACCUGGGGGACCGUGGCUUCGAUCGCGUGCGCAGCCUCAUUGUCACCUCGGGACCCUGGGUCGCCUUUGAGCAGUCCAACUUCCGCGGGGAGAUGUUCAUCCUGGAGAAGGGCGAGUACCCUCGCUGGGACACGUGGUCGAGCAGCUACCGCAGUGACCGGCUCAUGUCCUUCCGGCCCGUCAAGAUGGACGCCCAGGGGCACAAGAUCUCCCUGUUUGAAGGUGCCAAUUUCAAGGGCAAAACCGUAGAGAUCCAGGAGGAUGACGUGCCCAGUCUCUGGGUCCACGGGCUCUGUGACCGCGUGGGCAGCGUGAAGGUCACCAGCGGAACGUAA